CUCGUGAUCAGACCGUAGAAGAAGAGCGCGGUUCGCCAUGGCGGAAACCGGGCAGCAGGCAGCAUCUUCUCCUGAAGAUGAGGCUGGAAGCACCUUCAUCAUCCCCAAGAAGGAGAUCAGCAUGGUGCCGGAUAUGGGCAAGUGGAAAAGGUCUCAGGCCUAUGCUGACUACAUGGGCUUCAUCCUGACCCUGAAUGAAGGCGUGAAGGGGAAGAAGCUGACCUGUGAAUACCCCGUCUCUGAGACGGUGGAGAAGCUGCUAGAACUUCUGGACACUCUGGACCGAUGGAUAAAUGAAACUCCUCCGGUGGACCAGCCGUCCCGCUUCGGCAACAAGGCCUACAGAACCUGGUUCUCCAAACUGGAGCAGGAGGCCGAGGCGCUGGUGUCGACAGUCAUUCCUGCAGAGAGAGCCGCAGCGGCUCCAGAGAUAGCUGUCUACCUGAAGGAAUCUGUGGGGAACUCGACCCGGAUCGACUACGGAACCGGUCACGAGGCGGCCUUCGCAGCGUUCCUCUGCUGCCUCUGUAAAGUCGGAGCUCUGAGAAUAUCCGACCAGCUGGCCAUCGUCUUCAAGGUUUUCAACAGGUAUCUCCAGGUGAUGCGGAAGCUGCAGAGGACCUACAGAAUGGAGCCUGCUGGGAGCCAAGGGGUGUGGGGGCUGGAUGACUUCCAGUUCCUGCCCUUCAUCUGGGGCAGCUCCCAGCUCCUAGACCAUCCGACGCUGGAGCCUCGGCACUUCAUCGAAGAGAGCGUGGUUAACGAGUACCAUCAGGACUACAUGUUCCUGGACUGCAUCAAGUUCAUCAACGAGAUGAAGACGGGUCCAUUUGCUGAGCACUCCAACCAGCUGUGGAACAUCAGUGCCGUUCCUUCUUGGUCCAAAGUCAACCAAGGCUUGAUCAGGAUGUACAAAGCAGAGUGUUUGGAGAAGUUCCCCGUCAUCCAGCAUUUUAAAUUCGGCAGCCUGCUGUCCAUCCAGCCGGCGAAGCCUUGAUGCUUCAACAAAGGAAGGAAACAACGGAAGCCUCCAUAGCUCACCUUUUCCCAUCAGCAUCCCCAAACCCAACAGUAGCGAUUCCCGCUGCGUAGUCUGACACGCGCAUUCCCUCAUGAGAUGCACGCGGUAGUGAGUCUGCAGACAUCCAUGACGUUCCUGCUGAUGACCUCUGACUCUGGAGCAUCUGUGGACUUUUGUCUUAUUUAUACAAAAGGUUCAAGCAUAAGUUUUAUUUUUUUAAUUUUCUGAAUGUGUGAUCUUUGACGCUGCAGUAUUCUGAUUCAUUCACACCCAGCUGUUAAUAAGACUGUUUUUGUUUUGCUUCUAAGGCCAAAGGUUUCGAUUUAGCUUCAUUACCCCCAAAAACCGACUGUAGGCUGCUAGAGCUAUACACCUAGAUUAGAUGUCAAGCUUCUAGGUGGUGGAAGUUUAGUUGGAAAUUCUGUUUUUCUGUUUUCCCAGUACAGUCACGUCACUCUCCUCAAAACCCUGAAAAUAAAGUAAAAUAAUGCUAUUAACUGAUAAAUAUUGUCCUUAAAAUUCUGAAAUAAAUGUCUUAUUCUGUGUUU